CUCUCUCUUCCUUUCUCCGCCAUCGUGAUGUGUGCUUUACUCCGUUUCUCGCCAUGUCUUCUCACAAGACUUUCAGGAUUAAGCGAUCCCUGGCCAAGAAACAAAAGCAAAAUCGUCCCAUUCCCCAGUGGAUUCGGAUGAAAACUGGUAAUAAAAUCAGGUACAACUCCAAAAGGAGACACUGGAGAAGAACCAAGCUUGGUCUGUAAGAAAUUACAUAUGCG